AUGGGUGCAACACACUCAUUCGUAUCUACUAAGCGUGUGAAAAAAUUGAAUUUGAAAGUGUCUGUUAUGAAUGGUACCAUGGUCAUUGAUACCCCAACUAAUGUUUCAGUGACUAAUUCGUUGUUGUGUGUGAAUUUUCCUUUGACAAUUUACAGUAGAGUUUUUGGGAUUGACUUAGUAUGUUUGCCUAUAAGUAAACUCAAUGUCAUUUUGGGAAUGAAUCGGUUGAAGUUCAACCAUGUUCAUAUCAAUUUCUUCGACAAGACUGUGAUGUUCCCUGAGAUUGGAGAAAGUGGAGAGCUGGUGUUUAUAUAUGCUAAUAAAGUAGAAGAAUUCUUGAAGGAUGAGGCUCGGGUGUUUGUGAUGUUUUCUUUUUUGAGAAUCGACAAUGAAGCUGUAAUUGUGGAGCUUCUAGUUGUAUGUAAUUCUUUAAAGGUAUUUCCAUACGAUAUUAGUGAAUUGCCGCCAUAG